GUGAUAGCGACUUCCGUCGCGGUUCCUUCCGGUCCGGAAGAGCUGUGUCAGGGUGCAGGGAUAGGGAAAGAUGGCGACCGCUGCUGUGAUCGAGUUCCAGAGAGCGCAAGAAAUGGUGGUGACGGACAAGGCGGCGAGCAUAGAUAUCCUGCAGUCUAUAGGUGAAGGGAGCCUGCAUGAGGCUGCUCUGUCUCGGGUGGGGGAGAAAGCUGGGGGGGUGGCAGCAGCCUAGAGACUCAAACAAUGAAAAUGUGCUGUCUGGGAAGGGGGGGGGCCAGGCUGGGAGAGAGGGGGCAGGAGGGGGGCAAAGAAACUAAUCCUCACACGAUUUGCUCAGUAAUUGUGCCAUACAAAGAGGGGCAUGUGUACUGCAAUGUGGUGUGUGGAUAUAUAGAUAUCUAUCCACACACAGUCAGAAGGACUAUUAGCAAAUGUGUGGAUAUAUAUAUAUAUAUAUAUAUAUAUAUAUAUAUAUAUAUAUAAAGCAAAAAGGAAAGAGAUGCACCCUCAGGUCUUUGUAGAAAAAAAACUCGAUAUUAUUUAAUAACAGGUAACAUAUAUCUGAUCAGAUAUAUGUUACCUGUUAUUAAAUAAUAUCGAGUUUUUUUCUACAAAGACCUGAGAGUGCAUCUCUUUCCUUUUUGCUUUACAUAUCCAGCGUGGGAUUGCACUAAGGCAGUCUUUUAUUGAUUCAUUGAAAGGGUGAGUGCCACUAUACGUGUGUGUGUGUGUGUGUGUAUAUAUAUAUAUAUAUAUAUAUAUAUAUAUAUAUAUAUAUAUAUAUAUAUAUAUAUAUAUACACACACACACACACACUCGCAAUCAGAAGGACUAUUAGCAAAUAUGUGUGUGUUGAUAUAUAUAUAUAUAUAUAUCCACACACAAUCAGGACUAUAAACAAAUGUAUGUGUGUGUGUAUAUAUAUAUAUAUAUAUAUAUAUAUAUAUAUUCACAAUCAGAAGGACUAUUAGCAAAUGUGUGUGGAUAUAUAUUUAUAUAAGAACUUCUUCUAAAGUAAACACACUCUGCAGAUUCAAGAUAAACCACUUUUAUCAGUGCAGUGAGUGUGUAUUGAGACUAGAAUUGGUAGCCAGGAGAUGUGACUAGGGCUUCACAAAUAAAGUAGCUUAAACCUAAAUAUCAGACAAUUGAGCAGUGAUAUAUAUAUAUAUAUAUAUAUAUAUAUAUCCACACACACAUAAUCAGAAGGACUAUAAACAAAUGUGGGUGUGUAUAUAUAUAUAUAUGUAUUUGUGUGUGUGUAUGUAUAUAUUCACAAUCAGAAGGACUAUUGGCAAAUAUGUGUGUAUGUAUGUGUGUGUGUGUGUGUGUGUGUGUGUGUAUAUAUAUAUGUGUGUGUGUGUAUCAGAAAUCCAGGAUGCACACUCAGGGCUUUCAAAAUAGUAUAAGGUGAUUUAUUGAAAUUAAGUGAACAUACAGCAAAAGAAAAUCUACGUUUCGACCCUGUAGGGUCUUUUUCAAGAUUGACACAUUAUACGAUUUUAAAAAGCCCUGAGUGGGCAUCCUGGAUUUCUGAUACAUAUAAUUUUGGACGCAAGAGGAUUGAAACUCAGGCAGUUGGGUACCAAGUACUGGUACGGAGAGUGCCAAGCUAUCAUUUUGUUUUAUUUAUUUAUAUAUAUAUAUAUUCACAAUCAGAAGGACUAUGAGGAAAUAUGUGUAUGUAUAUAUGUGUGUAUAUGUAUGUAUGUUUUCACACAAUCAGGACUAUAAAGCAAAAUAUUUGUGUGGAUAUUUUUAUUAGAUGUGAAUUUAUGUUGUUCAUUAAUGGGAUAUUUUAUAAUGUUCUGUGUUUUCUGUAAAUCCGUUUCUAACUUGUAGCCAUUAAGCUGUACGUGAACUUGUUGCAUGGUAUGAUCUUUCUUUAAACAUCUCAGAGUUUACCCAGUUGUUUUGAUAAAAAUGUCUUCAUCCCGCAACAAGUUUGAGCGCAAAGCAGUUAUAGGUGUUUGUUUAGAAGCAGCAUCUUUAACGCUACGUUUGUUUUACCUUCCAGUGAAGCGAGACAUCCAGGAAAGCGAUGAAGAAGCCUUGCGUGUUAAGGAGCAAAGCAUUUUGGAGUUGGGAGGGCUUCUUGCCAAGACUGGACAGGCUGCAGGUGAGUGAUCUGAAGAUUCUUUGAGGCCAUGUGUGCAAAGCACAAUUGUGGAGCAAAGUGCUAAAGGAGGAGCAGUUUAAAGGAUUAUCAUGUUUGUUUCCAUGGUGAUUGUUAAACAUUUUGAUAUUGACCCUCAGAUUAUUUCUGUGUGUACGUAAGGACUUCAAAUAUGAUAUGAAGGGUUAUUCACUAAAAUGUGAAUUUUCAGGAAUUCAAAAUUAAUUUCAUAUCCCAGGCCAAAAUUGACAAACCGGAACAAAAUCUUCAAAUCCGUUAAGCUUUCAUUUCAGAUAGUUUGGCCUUGAAUUUGAAAUUCACUUUGCCUUUUAGUUCGAAAUUAAUUGAAAUGCACAUUUUAGUGAAUUACCCUGGUUGUGAUCGGUUAGGUGCUACAUAGAAAUUUGCAUGAACUAAAUUGCUGACACAGUGCACCAAAUGGCAAAGCAACCCCCACUGUAAGAUGCCUGUCUUCUAGGCGAUGGUCUGCUUGACAGUAGUAAAUUAAAGGAACACUAUAGUCACCAAAACAAGUUUAGCUUUAUGAAGCAGUUUUGGUGUUUAGAUCAUGCCCCUGCAUUUAGAAGUAAAAUCACUUUUCUGUUUAUGCAGCCUUAGCCACACCUCCCCUGACUGUGUCUCUCACAGUCUCCAUGAAAAAAGAAAAAGUUGAAUUUUAACACUUUUUUAAAAUUUUCUAUCUCUUGCUCUCUUGAACUUUAAAGGACCACUAUAGGCACCCAGACCACUUCAGCUCAAUGAAGUGGUCUGGGUGCCAGGUCCAUCUAGGGUUAACCCUGCCUGCUGUAAACAUAGCAGUUUCAGAGAAACUGCUAUGUUUACAUUAGGGUUAAUCCAGCCUCUAGUCGCUGUCUCAUUUACAGGCGCUUCCAAGCUUCUCACUGUGAGAAGUGAGAAGACGCCAGCGUCCAUAGGAAAGCAUUGAGAAAGCUUUCCUAUGGACUGACUGACUGCGCGCGUGCAUGCGCAUUCGCGUGAAGAGGGAGGAGGGUGCCCAGCGCUGGAGAAAGGUAAGCCUUUAACCCCUUCCUCCCUCUAGAGCCCGGCGGAAGGGGGGUCAUGAGGGUGGGGGGGGGACCUAUUAACACGAUAGUGCCAGGAAAAUAAGAUUGUUUUCCUGGCACUAUAGUGGUUCUUUAAUUACAUACAGGAUGCUCUUGCAGGGUCUGUAAAGAGAUGAGAAAUUAUAAAUUAAACAGAAUUUGCUAUAAAGAUAGUGUAAACAUUAAAUGACUCUUUACAGAAAGUGUUUAGGAAAACUAUGCAAGAGGUGUGACUAGGGCAACAUAAACAAAGUGAUUUAACUCCUAAAUGACAGAGAAUAGAGUAGUGACCCUGCAGGGGCAUGGUCUUUACAUCAAAACGGUUUCAGAGGCUAAAGUUGUUUUGGUGCCUAUAGGAUCCCUUUACAUAUAUUUACCUAAUGCUCACCGUCCUCGGUUUUGACAUGAUACACUCCUUUAAUUGUUAAGAGCCCAUGAUACUGAUGUUUUCACUUGCCUGCACAAAAACGGAAAUAUGGGGUUUACGGAAGAUGGCAGAGGAUCCUUCUUAGAUAAUAUUGUACAUGUGUAGUAAGAUGCCUGUUCCCAUCAGUGAUGGUGAGCAAUGACUGAUGGGAAAUGGCAGGAUCUUGUAGUUGAUGUUCCACUAAUUGCCAAGAUUCUAUUCAUGUUUCUCAUUGUGUUGUAUUCAAAUUUCAGCGACAGUCCAACAUAGUCUAUUUGAGUUUUUCUAAAGCUUCUGUCAUUUUCCUGCAAAGUGGUUGCUGGGAAUGGACACGGCAGCUGCAUACCCAGACACGCUACCUCGAUAUGAAGCAAAUGACUUAGCACGAUUUCUAGCAUGCAAGUGUUGUUAGAGGCAGUGCAGCUGUUCAUGUUUAGCUACAGUUUACCCGUGAUGUGUAAUGCUACUUUUUAUAUGCUUCUUUAUUAUGUACUAAAGUAACAUUACCAUAGGGGGAGCUGGUAACACAUGAAAGCUAUGUGAGGAUGACCUGAUUAGACUAUAAAUGAUAUUAAUGGAUUUAUAAAUAAUUCAGAUGUGUUUGAAGUGUAAAAACUAACUCAUGUCUAUGACAGAGAUAGAAAAUCCCUAUUUUUCUCUCUGUGCUAAACUUCUGCAGGCAAAUGGAUUAAAGGGAAAAUCUAGUCUAAAAUUGCAAUUUUUUAUGCACAUGAACAAGGAAGUUAAAAUGGAAAAACAAUUGCUUUUUUUUUUUGUCUCUAAAGUAGUACUGCUGCAAUAAGUUAUUUAAGCAAACCUGCCACUUUUUUGAUCAACAUUUAUUUUUCAGUUCCUGCUGAGAAAUAUUACAGAUUAUGAGUAAAAUGGAAUGCUCACAUUGUUCUGCCACAGCUCCCAAAAUGUGCUUCUCUUGUAGUGCAGACAAGUCUAAAGGAUUCUUGUUCCUUCCUGUGACGUUUUUAUUUUCUUUCUUUAUUUAUAUGUACCUUAUAUAGGGGAUUGCUUUAUACAAGCAAGCGAUUAACAGCAGGGUAUAAGAACUUCUAAAGUAAACACACUCUGCAGAUUCAAGAUAAACCACUUUUAUGAGUGAGUGUGUAUUGAGACUAGAAUUGAUAGCCAGGAGAUGUGACUAGGGCUUCAUUAAUAAAGUAGCUUAAACCUAAAUAUCAGACAGUUGAGCAGUGAGACUGCAUGGGGCAGCGCUAUGCACCACGACUGCUUAAGAAGCAUUAAGAUUAAGAGGUUUUGUUGCUUAGACUUACUCUGAACUUGGUAAUAAUUAUUCACUAUACUUGAAAUUGUAAUAAAGUGACAAGAAAAUUAAAAGUUCUAAGCAAAAAUGGACCACAGACCAAGAAAGUUAUGGUGAAGAAAAAAUGAUUGAAAUCCCCUUCCACCAGAAGUUAGUGGAUAGUCAGUACAUUGUUAAACACAGAUCUGCACACAUCAGUCUAGCAAUAAGGCUUGCUUUUCCCACAGAAACCUUAAAUUUGCAGUGAAGUUACUACUGCAAGGGAUUCUGGGUGGACAUAUGCAAAUUAGUUAAAAAAAUCACCUUUUUGCCUCAUUAUUCCAUUUAAACAUGGAAUCCAUGUUUAAAAUUGAAUAAUGAGGCAAAAAGGUGAUUUUUUUUUUUUUUUUUUGGUUGUUGAAAUAACUUGCAUAUUCCCACCCAGAAUCCCUUUCCGUAGUAACAUCACUGCAAAUUUAAUAUUUCUGUGUUUAACAAUGUAUUGACUAAGCAACAAAAAUUUAUAAUUUCUAAUUCAGAUUUCUUUCCAUCUUUUCUUUUUUAGCCGGAAAUGUAUAAUCCAUGUUCUGUUCACAACAAUUCUAAGUUUAGCAAAUGACCUUGAAAGGGACCAUGUCAUUUGUGUCCCAACUUGUAUACCUUACAGCCUUCUGCACAAUCCUUUGUCACGUUACUCAUAUUCCUGUUAUGAAUCUAAUUUUUUUAUAUAUAUAUUUAUUUUGUCAGAACUCGGUGGUCUCUUGAAAUAUGUACGCCCAUUUCUUAAUUCUAUCAGCAAGGCAAAAGCAGCCAGGCUUGUGCGAUCCCUUUUGGACUUGUUCCUAGAUAUGGAAGCAGCAACUGGCCAGGAGGUAAGACUAACAAUAGAAUACUUCACAUUGCCAAGUAAUUCUUCUAAUUAUUUAGAUUGUAUUUUAACUUACUAAAAACUCAGCUUUUUGUUUAAAUUACUCACAUGCAAUAAAACCUGUGGUUUUGUUUUGUUUUUCUUUCUAACAAUUUUGACAAAUUUUGUCCUAGACCAUCAUUUGUCUUUAGCAAGGUUUAAAGGUACUGUUCCAGUAAGAUAAACAUUAAAUGAAUUCCCUGACCUGUAAUAAAGCAACAAAAAACUUUAGGAAGUAUUUGACCUUUUCUUGUGCCCAUAACUACAUGCAAGUAUUAGUUUAGUAAAGUUUAGUCUACUAAAGCAGGGCUUGACAAAUUUUCUUGGAAUCUAGGAGCCAGCUUAAAUAUAUAGUUACCAGCCAGGUUUUUGUAUACUAGCAAAACUUGAUUCACAAUGAUAAAAAUACAAUUCUUAAAAGAACACUGUAGUCAUCAGAACCACUACAGCGUAAUGUAGUGGUUAUGGCGUCUAUAGCCUAUCCCCGUUCAGAGAAAAGACAGUGUUUACAUUGUUGCCUAGGAACACCUCUAGUGACAGUCAUUAGACGGCCACGCGAGAUGAUUCCUAGUCCAGUGCUGCACAGUGUCCAGCACCUACGUUCAGUGUCUCCACACACUGCUUGGAGGCACUGAAGUUCCCCGUAGAGAUGCAUUGAUUCAGUGCAUCUCCUUGAGGAGAUGCUGAUUGGCGCAGCACGGUGAUUUACUGUGCAUGUGCAGUAGCCUCACAAUGCUUUCUUAUGGGAAAGCAUUGGCUUGGCUAAGGUCAUCAAGACUGAUAAUCUUAGCCAUGGAGGCACGGCCUGCCACAGCUAGACUGGCACAACGUGGGGGGGGAGGAAAGGUGAGAAAAAUGGCUUUCCCAUGCGUUCAGAAACCUAAACAGACCCACUCACUGACAGACAUCACACAUUUUCUCAUAAACUCACAAAUUAUUUUUUACUUUUAUUUUUUUAAUUUAAGUUCACCCAGCCUUUGGUAGAGCUGGAGUGGAUCCUUUCCCUGUGGUCCAAUUUGGCUGUUGUAAUCUGCAAGCUCGUCCUUCUUUUCUCCCUCACUCACUGGUUAGUAAGGCCGGUCCUGGGGUGACCUCAUAUUCGGCUCCCCACAGCACAGUGCAUAAGGGAGAAGAGCACAAAGUUUACAGCUCCCUCUCGACCUCCAUUCAUCCCCAGCCACCUCCGCUGAAUGGGCUGACAAACACCCAGGUGUCAGGACAGAAUUCUUUGGCGCCAUGGCGACCUGAUACUUGGGAUUUGUUGAGCUCUGUACUAAAGUUUUUCUGUGCAUAGGAGAAAUUCUAAAUUAAUAGUAAUGUUAUUAAUCCUGUUUCGUACAGAUGUAAAGUGAGUGAAAUUGUAUUCAUAAAAAUAGACUUGUGCAUAGAGUAGAAUACACUGAAUUAAAAGCAAUCUUGGAAUGUUACAUGAACAUCACCUAUAAAACAGAACUGAGACAGACUAAUAGAAGAGGAAUGUCGUUACCAGUUGUCCUCACUUAACUUCACUUAACCCCUUUAUUUAGGAACACUAAAUAUUCCCCAACACAAUUUCAUUUUUUAUCCUUCAUCUGCGGCUUCCUUUGUUUUUACUCUCAUUUAGGGGGUAACCUCAACCUAUAUCUCUGAAUCUUAUAGCCACAAGGAAUCCAACUCUCACCCUCUCUCUCAUUCUUUUAACAUUACUUUAAAAUUCAGCUUUUGAAAAAUACACAAUUAAAUGAACACUAUAGGGUCAGAAACACAAACAUGUAUUACUGACAUUAUAGUGUUAAAACCAUUGUCUGACCCCCAUCAUUGCCUCCCUAAAUAUAGUAAAAUCUUACUUAUAUUCAAGUCUGCAGCUGCUUCCUCUGCCCCUGGUCUGCCUGCUUCUCUGAACCAAUCACAAUGCUUUGCCAUAAAAUAAGCUUAAAGUGCUAGAUCUCAGCUUACGGACAUGGCCCUCUCUACCUUUUGUAUUUGUCUGUCUAUAUUGUAUGUUCUCCACUAAUUGUACAGUGCUGUGGAAUCUGUUGGAGCUUUAUAAAUAUCAGUAAUAAAAAAAAAAUAGGAUUGGCUGAGACUGUCAAGGAGGCAGAUCAGGGGCUCAAGCCAAACACAGCCCUGGCCAGUCAGCAUCUCCUCAUAGAGAUUAAUUGAAUCAAUGUAUCUCUAAGAGGAAAGUUCACUGUCUCCAUGCAGAGGGUGGAGACACUGAAUGCCAGUCACACUGCAGCACUGCCCCAGGAAGCACCUCUAGCAGCCAUUUGAGGAAUAGCCAGUGGAGUUAUCCUUGGGCUGUAAUGCAAACACUGUUUUCUCUGAAAAGACAGUGUUUACUGCAAAAAGCCUCAAGGCAAUGAUUAUAUUUACCAGAACAAAUACAAUAAGCUGUACCCACCCUAAUACUAACCCUUCCUAAAUCUUAAUUUGUGAGACUUGCCUUGCUAAACUUUACUGCAUUCACCUCCAAAUUCCAAAAUUGCUAGGGGAUCCAUCACAAAUUAAAGGGUCAGGAACACAAACAUGUUUUCCUGACCCUAUAGUGCUAAACCCACCAUAUAGAUGGCCUGCCCUAACCUUAACACACCUAUAAAAGUUUAAAACUCACCUUAUUUCCAGCACCGCGCGGGUCCGCCGGCUCUGCCUCCGUCUCCUUUGUGACAUCAUCAAAAUGGCCAAUUUUUAGCCAAUUGGAUUGGCUAAAAUCGGCAUGGGCGGGGCCAAGUGCCGUUUUGGCCAAUCAAGACCUCUUCAUAGAGAUGCAUCUCUAUGAGGAAAAUUCAGCAUCUCCAUGCAGAACGUGGGGAUGCAGAACGGCAGGGCUAUUAUUCUCACCAGAACAACUACAUUAAGCUGUAGUUGUUCUGGUGACUAUAGUGUCCCUUUAAGUUUCUAAGAGUCAUUAUAUGCUGCAUCAAGCACUGCUUGGUUAUUGAUGCCUCGUGAGUAAAAGAUAUUACAUUGCAAAUAUUUUAAAAGAAAUCAGAUUGCUCAUGGAUGCAAACCGGUUAAUAUGGACCUAGUUAGUUACCUCCUAAAUGGUUCAUUUGCAUAAACUGGGGAAACUUUUGAAUACCAUAUCUACCUUUUCCACAUUUGACGGUAACCGUUGCUAUGGGGGUUUUUUUCUUAGUCGCCAGUCCAAAAUUCUAAUUUUUAUAGUAAUAUAAGGUCUUUAAGUGAUUACUAUAAUUCUGCUCAACACGACAUAGACAUGUAUGGACAACUGGAGAAAUAAUAUUUAUGCAAAGAGGGAAGUUGAGAGAGGGCACUCUCAUGAGACAAGUAGAGUUGAAGGCACGGCUCAACAAAUCCAGUUUUCUAUAGAAAUUCAAAAAUUGGACUUUGCCCAAAAUGUGUUUUCACUUAAAUUUGAGAGAUCAAAAGAUUUAUUUUGACUCACUCCCUUAUCACAAACUUGCCUGUUUAAUCAUUCACCCAUUCCUGUCCCUUGCUGAGUUCAGUGAAGAUGGACAGGAGAAAGAUUUGCUACACUGUCUUGUGGUGUUAGGGGGGAGCAAGCAUUCUCUGCACAAUAUAAUAGUAGAGGCAGUAGACAAUCUCCGUAAUGACAAUCUACUUGUCAAUGUGAACAUUGACAUGGCUAUUCACAAAACUCUGGGAAAAACUGAGACAAAACUGAAUUGGAAAAGUAGUCACAACAUUUGGCCUCAGUUAUUUCCUCAGUUUUGUGAAAAUUCUAAAUUUAGUGAUGAGCUCUUUCCCACCCCAUAGUCUCUCCCUCUGUCCCUCCUGUAGUCUGCUUGUAAUUUGUUUGUGUGUGUGUGGUCCGUUAUGGCUGUGUGUGGUGUGCAAUGUUUGCACCGGCUGUGUGCAUUAUGGUGUGUUUGCCGGCUUUGUGUAGUGUGUGAUGUUUGCCGUCUGGGUGUAAUUUUUGUCACGUUUGCCGAAUGUGUGCAACAUUUGCCGGCUAUGUGUAGUAUGUUGUAUGGGAUGUAUGCUGGCUUUGUUUAUUAUGUAGGCUGUUUGAUGUUUGGCUUUGUGUACUGUAUGUGUGAUGUUUGCUGGCUGUGUGUAAUAUGUGUGGUGUGCGCAGGCUGUGUCUAAUCUAAUCUAGUGUGUGAUUGCUGGCUGUGGGUAAUGUGUGUCUGUGUGACGUUUGAUAGCUGUAUGUAAUGUGUGUGGCCUUUGCUGGAUGUGGGUAAUGUGCGCUGGCUUUGUGUUAUGUGUGUGAGAGAUGUUUGCCUGCUGUUUCUGUGCAAUGUGGCGGACGUUUGCCAGCUGUGUGCAACAUGUGUGACCUUUGCUGGCUGUGUGCAAUGUGUUGUAUGUGAGAUUUGCUGGCUAUGUGUAAUGCGCUUAGUGUGCGCUGGCUCUGUGUAAUGUGCGUGGUGUGUAUUGUGUGUUUUUUUGCUGUCCGUCUGUAAUGUGUGUGACAUACUCCUUGUGAUGUACUCCGCCUUUAUGUAAUGUGCUGUAGGGAUAUAAUGUGGAGGCACUCUGUGAUCCAUUGGGAGUUAAAGGAACACCAUAGGGUCAGGAACACAAACAUGUAUUCCUGAGCCUAUAGUGUUAAAACCACCAUUUAGGUGGCUUGCUCCCCAUCAGUCCCUUUAAAUGGAAUUAAAACUCACCUUAUUUCCAGCGCCGCCUCCUGAAUGGCAUCCUCAUAAUUGACAAUUUUUAGCCAAUCCAAUGAUUUUCUAUAAGGAGAGCAUUGGAUUGGCUAAAAUCGGCAAGGAGGCGGGAUGGGGGCAGAGCCAAACGCCAUUUUGGCUACUCAGCACUUCUCUGUGAGGAAAAUUCAGCCCCCCCUGUGCAGCACUGCCCUAGGAAGCCUCUCCAGUGGCCAUCUAAGGAGUGACCACUUGGAGAUGUCCCUUGGGGCAAUGUAAACUCUGGCAUUUUCAAUGCAAAGUGUUUGCAUGAAAAUUCCAGAAGGCAAUGAUUAUACUCACCAGAACUACAUUAAGCUGUAGUUGUUGUGGUGACUAUAGUGUCCCUUUAAAGCACCUGGUCGUAAUUAGCGGGAGUGCAUUUGGUGUGCACCUCAAGCUGGCGCAGACCACUAUAAUGGCUUUUUCACUGUACCGGUGUUCCGUGAGUGCUAGGAGUCAUAACUGCUGUACGCUGACCCAUCAGUGGGAGCAGGAGCGAUUACUGUGGUCUGCACCAGCUGGAGGUACUGUCCACAUACUCUAGGAGCCGCCCUGUCGCUUGCCUCUGCUGUAGCGCUAAAAGAUUAAUAAAAACACCUGUAUGUUUUGGGCAAUAUGAAUGCCGUUUAUACAGGAACAGUGAUUGGGGGAAAAGAGUGAGGGAAUGCUGCCUCUGUUACUACAUCCCAUUGGAUUCCAGGAACAAAACAGCUAACCUCCCACUACUUUCCUCCUUUACCCCUAGUGAAGGUGAUCAUUAGAGGGCAAAAAAUAAAACACGACAUAGGUACGUGUGUCACUCUUACAAUCUAGAAUGAAUGACUCGAGUUAUGAGAGUGGGAGCAAACGUGUUUUAGUGUUUUACGGGACAAAAACAUAUCCUGUAGACCAGAACUGGGCACUUCUGACUGAUGGAACCUCUUCAUGCUCUUGGGGGGGGGGGCUAUCUGCUGCUUCAUCACUAAAGUUAUUUAUUUUUAAGUUUUAACUCUAUAAUACGUUAAAACUAUUCUAAAAUACUCACUUUUAUUUUACAACCCAUUACAGUAUUGGCAUAUUUUUGUAAUAGGAACUUCACAAUUAAUUUCGAAAUUUUAGCAACUAGCAAUGACUGGUUUAAUGAUUGCUCACCUUGGCACUUCAAAUGUUUAUGAAUUAUAUAUGCCUAGUUUGAGAGCCAGAAACCAUGUCAUUAAGGGUGAUAAUUUAACAACACCUAAGAAUAACUGCGGGUUACUAGAAGUGCUCUUUCUGUAUGGUACAUAUUAUACCUUUGAGAGUUGCAUUUUCUUUAGAUAGUACUUAAAACAUUCCAGAUUGUGUGAAACAUGCAGCUCUCUCUUUUAGGUGGAACUGUGCUUAGAAUGUAUUGAAUGGGCCAAGGCGGAGAAGCGGACCUUCCUUCGCCAGGCACUAGAGGUAAAGUAUAUGUUAAAUAUCCGUUCCAAUCUGUGAAUGUCUGUUUGUCACAAGAUGCCUUUUUACAUAAAUGUUUAUCAGAAGCUGUGUGCUUGAUUAGAACUUUCCAUGCUGACUGUGAUUCUUUGCACACCCGAAAAACUGUGCAAAUUGCAAUAGGCUGCAAAUUGCAGUACAUAGACAAGGAAUCUACACAUUUUAGACAAAAGUUGGAGAAAUGGAAAAAUUAACCAACUCCGCUAUAGUUAAUUUUAUUCAGCUAUAAUAAGAUAACUUUUAACUUUAGAGUAUAUUUGCUAAAUAGCAGUUUGAGGUAAACUGAAAGCAGCCAAGAUAACAACAAUAUCUGAGAACUUUUCCAAAGCAGCGAUUUCCCCCCUCCCCCCCAAAUUUUGCAAUAUUGUUUUCGUUUACCACGGUGUUGUAGUCCCAUUUUAGGAAAAAACUUCAGGCGUUCAAAGAGCUGUGUGUGGCUAUGUCUCUUGUGCUGGAGGAAAUACAUUGUUUCACCAACACAUGGUAUUUUAGAAGUAAGAUUUAUUUUUGUGAAAGAACCAAAAUGUGUUUAGCACACAGAUCUGGGUGCACAGUGGAUAAGAACACUCUAAUUUUGGAUAAUAAAAAAAAAACCUAAAUAUGUUCAUGCAAUCUGCUAGCUACAAACAAACUAAUUUUUUGGGGAUUUUUUUGUGCACAAAAUAUGCAGAUCUCUGUGUUGAUGGUCCUAUUCACCUGGAGCAUACAAUAUAUAUUGAUUUGACAUGUGAAAACUGCUAGAGUUGCAAGUAUCUCCCACAUUCCAGCCUCAUUGAUAGAUCAGAUUAACCAUAACUUUUAAUUAGUAUCAAUUUCAACUAACCUAGAGUGCAUUAAUCAGCUGUGAGUGGAUAGCUAGCCCACCCCAGCUCUGAGCUAGUCAAUUCAGUUCACAAAAUUGACUUUGUAUUCUUAAUGAGGCAGGGAGGACGUAUAGUGUGGUUUAUUGUACAGUUUUUGUACCUAAAUGCAACUGUUUUUUUUGUUUUGUUUGUUUCUCUGUUAUUCACAUUUACACCCUUCCUUUUCUAUUCCAGGCCCGGCUUGUAUCUCUUUACUUUGAUACUAAACGUUACCAGGAGGCAUUGCAGUUAGGUGAGUUUGCCUGCAGGUGGCAGUCUCAUACCUUUAAAUGUCGAUGUGGUACUUCUGAAAGCUAAUAUUUCCAUAGAGAUUUGCUUCCUUAGUCACCACUGCUGACUCAUUUAGUAAACUGCAAAAUGGUGUAGCUUACAAAGUGUUAGGCUAUAUGAUUGGUGUGUUUUCAAUUCCUUACUAAUGAAAUGAAACUUAAAUUCAAAGCUCUGGAGGAACUUUAGAUCACAGAAUUCUUUAUCAUUUCCCUCCUGCUCUGAUUUUUUUUUAUCAAACCUUGUUUGUGCAAGGUGUAACAGUCCAGAUGUGGAGGAAAAAAUAUAAUUCCGGAGUAUAAUUUUUUUUUACAGCAGUUAGUAAAGCUUAUUGUUUGGCGGAUGUACCAAAAUGAGUGGAUUGGGUCCCCUACAAGAUUUGAAACUGUGCUGAUUGUGUCUGUACAAUAUAUUGUUUAUAACUGAAUAUAUAGCAAAAAGACUACAGGGAGCUAUUUUUUGUUAGUAAUUGGUUACACUCCUGGCGAUACAGCAAAAAAAUAGCUUGUCUAACAGGCUUUCAAGCCUUCUGCAUAGAUAAUAUCAUAAUGUGUUCAGUUUUGAGUCUGUAUGCCAUUUGUACAGCACAGGGCCUAGGUCAGGGGUGCUCAAUAGGUAGAUCCCCAGAUAUUAUAGAACUACAACUCAAAUGAGAAAGCAUCAUGGAUGCUGUAGUUCUACAACAUCUGGGGAUCACCCCUGGUUGAUUUAAAAUGUAAGCUCUCCCCUGCUUUCAAGUAGGACACUGGCUAAUGCCAUUUUGACAGUCAGGGAGGAGGAAGUAGUGAAUGGACUGUACGAUUUCACUAUUAGUAUUCCAGGCAGGGAAAAAGAUUGCUGUACUAGUUUUAAAUGCCUUUAUAUUUUAGAAAUAUAAAUAUUUACUGCACAAAUGCAGAAAUGUAUUGUACAUUUUGUUGCCAGUUAUAGUAAACUGCACUGCUAGUAAUGCCCUCAGGGUCAUUAUUUAUUUACAUUUUUUUAAUCUAUUUUCGUCACAUCUACUGUAUGCGAGAAAAAUAGAUAAUUUUUCUUUUAUAUUAACAUUUCAGACCCUGAAUGACCGAUUACAAGAUAACGGAAACUGUAUAAAGUUUAAAACUGUUCUUUUCCUAGAUAUUUUUUCUGAAUGAUGAUAAAAUAAGUGGGGGGAAAAAUUUGAAUAAUAUUAUUUUUUAAAGAAAAAGUGCUUACAAUGAGUGACACUUUUGAAUUUAUUUUUUAAAGGAACACUAUAGGGUCAGGAACACAAACAUGUAUUCCUCACCCUAUAGUGUUUAACCCACCAUUUAGGUGGCUUGCGCCCCUCCUUAUCCCUCCUUAAAAGUUAAUAAAAACAACCUUAUUUCCAGCCCUGCGCGGGUCUGCCGGCACUGGCCCCGCCCCCUUGGUGACAUCACCAAAAUUGUUAAUUUUUAUCCAAUGCAAUGCUUUCCCAUAGGGAAAGCAUUGGAUUAGCUAAAAUCAGCAAGCGGGCAGGGCCAAAUGCCAUUUUGCCAAUCAGCACCUUCUUAUAGAGAUGCAUUGCGUAGCGUAGAGACUCUAAACGGCAGUGCUGCUUACUGUGCAGAACUGAGCCAGGAAGCACCUCCAGUGGCCAUCUGAGGAGUAGUCACUUGGAGGUGUACCCAGGGGCAAUGUAAACACUGUCUUUUCUCUGAAAAGGCAGUGUUUGCAUGAAAAUGCCUGAAGGCAGUGAUUAUACUCACCAGAACAACUACAUUAAGCUGUAGUUGUUCUGGUGACUAUAGUGUCCUGUUAAUUCACGCCUGGGAUGUGGUAAAUACAAGGGAUUUUGUUAGCCAAAAAAAAAGUUUAUUACAACAUGAUACUGCAUUUUAUUACGUUGUUUUUACCCUUUGAAUCCACAUAAAUCAAAACUUAAACAAAUCUGCUCUGUCUCUUGCAGGUUCACAACUGCUCCGUGAGCUAAAAAAGAUGGAUGACAAAGCUCUUUUGGUGGAAGUUCAGCUACUGGAGAGCAAGACCUACCAUGCCCUUAGCAACUUACCCAAAGCCCGAGCUGCACUGACAUCUGCCCGUACCACGGCCAAUGCCAUUUAUUGCCCGCCAAAGUUGCAAGCUGCCCUGGACAUGCAGUCAGGUUAGCACUUCUAUCACGACAUCAUACAUUCCAUAUUAUUAUUAUUGAUACCUAUGCAUGAUAGAAAAGAUACAACCGCACACAUUCACACAAAUGCAUGAGUUCAUUAUUUGGAGAUUGAAACAUUUUCAACUUUUGGAAUUACUUUUAAAUGAGCAUUAGAAUACACUUUUUAGAAUAUUACCUCUAUUGCCCAACUGCUGUUUUUGAUUUGUGCUUCAUAUGAGUGCAAAUAAAACAAAAUAUGGACUUUGUGAAAGGUAGUUUCUUUGAAGCCAAAGAAGUCUCCCGCAAAUAAAUGUCCAACAGAAAAUACUGCUACAAAUGGAGCUGUGAACAGGAGCUUGGUGACCUGUGGAUAUUGGUUCAGCCCCACCAUUUGCAAUACUUGUAACCAUAAUAUUUUCCUUGGCUUAAAAAUUGUAAUUCCAUUUAUAGAUAAAGUUUUGAGAUAUUUUUAAGUGGACCGUGUGUCCGAGGCUCGUGUCUUUGUAUUGAUAGAAGCCAUUUUCUGCUUAUAAACAUAGGCUGCAUUACAUGUAUGUAUCUUCAUAUUUGGGAUUUAUGACUUAUUAUCAAAGUUUAACUUGUGAUUACACAUAUUUUCUCCAGGCAUAAUCCACGCAGCAGAGGAGAAGGACUGGAAAACGGCUUACUCCUAUUUCUAUGAGGCCUUUGAGGGGUAUGAUUCCAUAGACAGCCCAAGAGCUAUGACAGCCUUGAAGUACAUGCUGCUGUGUAAGAUCAUGUUGAAUACGUAAGUAUGAAAUCCUCGCAAAUGUUUUGCUGCCACCUUGCUGACUGUUUACAUGUUUCUUCAAAAGCAGCCACUGUUCCAUUCUCCAUGUACAAGUCAUGAAAGAAGUUUUGUCACGUUGAAACUUCUAUUUGUGAGAACACUAGACCAUUUUUUUAUUUUUUAUAUCAAACUUUACAAGCUGUCAGCAAUCCAGACUUAACCCAUUGAAACGAAAAAACAAAACAAAACGAUAAUAGGUCAAAUAUUAGUGGAAAAUAGUAAUAAAAUGAGCAUGCUCCAAUGGGCCUAUGCGCAUUUGGGGUUGAUGGGUUUAGCUAUUUCUUAGCUUAUAAGAUUACAAACUCCAUUUCAUUCCCCGAACUCUGAAUAUCAAUAUUUUGUUGGGGUGCAGUAUUUGCACUCCCCCUUCCGGUCAAAUACUUGGGCUUUGACUCCAUACUAUGGGCAUUCUAUGAAUCAAAGUGCUGUUUGCAUACAAUUUUAAUAGCAAGUGCAAUUGCUUGGGAUAACAGGGGUGACACCUUUAUAGUCCUGCGGCUGCAUUUUUGUUUUUGUUUUUAAACGAGACUGUGGUACGAAAAUGUCUAAUUCUAGUUAUUAGUUUAAUUGACAUCCCAUUUGUUAAGAAAGUAUUUUGUGUUGACCCAUUCAGCCUUCAUAAUGGCAGUCUAUUUAUUUGUCCUUUCCAGGCCUGAAGAUGUGCAAACCCUAGUGAGCGGGAAGCUAGCACUGCGUUAUGCUGGGCGGCAGGUUUGUAUUGAUUGUACUGCUUUAUAAUUUUGAUUGACAUGCUUUAUAAUUAAAGGUGCACUGUAACCUCUACAGGUCACUGUAAUGGUCAUGUUUCAAAGUAUAGUGGUGCUCACACCGUUUGAUACAAACCGGGGCAGAAGAGUGCCAAUUACUUUUUGCAUCAUACAAAAAGCUUUUGUAAUUAAGGUGCUUAGGGUGCCUUGUAAGAACUUGUCCUCCUAUCCAGCGCUUUAUGUUGAGCCAACCAUAGGUUAUUUAUUGAGCCAGCUAUAUGGAUGUUUUGUUACUCCUCUAUACAACAUUUUGUAAUUGCACAUCACGCUACGGGACGUUAUUGUUACUAAAUGUAUAUAGGAUAAACAAAGAGGGAGGGGGGAGACAUUAAAGGAACAUACUAACGCUAGUGCUAGAGUGGCUGUUCAAGUGGUCAGCCUCCCUCAAAUUGUAGGUAAAAGGUAGCUUACUUACCUUUGCUUUGUUGUCACGCCAGUCUUGCUGUGGCUGACCCAGCCUCCAUGACUAUCAUCAAUCUUGAUCUCAGACAAUAAAAGGCUAUUGCACACGUGCAGCAAAACACUGUACCAAUUAGCAUCUCCUCUUAAACCAGUUGCAUCUGUAUGGGGAGCUGCGUACAGACUCUGAUAGGAAGAACCUCUAGUGGGUGACUGCCACUAGUGGUGUUACUAGGCAGGAAUGUAAACACUACGUUUUCUCUGAAAAGGCAGCAUUUACAUUGAAAAGGCUACAGGGACAGAAUAUAGACACCAGAACCACUACAUUAAGCUACAAUAAUGGUUCUGGUCACUAUAGUGUCCCUCUAGGUUUACAUAUAUAUAUAUAUGUGUAUAUAUAUAUAUAUGUAUAUGUGUAUAUAUAUGUAUAUGUGUAUAUGUGUAUAUAUAUGAUAUGUGUAUGUAUAUGUGUAUAUAUAUGUAUAUGUGUGUAUAUAUAUAUGUGUGUAUAUAUAUAUAUAUGUGUGUAUAUAUAUAUAUAUAUAUAUAUAUAUAUAUAUAUAUAUAUAUAUAUGUAUGUGUAUAUAUAUAUAUAUAUAAUUAAAGGGCUAGAAUGCAUCUGAUUUUGGGUUGUUUUCUUUGAAUCAUGCUUAAUGCAUUCUUUUGCAUUUUUUUAUUUGUUUUUGUAUUCUCAAAAAAAAAAAAAAACCAGAGGCAAUUGUGGCUUAGCUUCACCCACUUGCAUCUCAUUUCAAAGAAAAAGAAAUAAUGAAAUAAGCUAAAAGGAUAAAAUAAUAAAAAAAGAGUAAGUUCUCUAUAAAUAUCUGCAGAGGUCAGCUUAGUCUGUAUAUAUUCUUUGUACUCCACAACACACAUCACGUCAAAUUACAAACAAGAAACAGGUUGCAGCUCAACAGUUCAAUAGGCCAGUCAAAACAAUAUUAAAAUAAAAAAACAAUAUUAAAAUAGUCAAGGCAAUUUCUUUGCACACAGUUUUUUUUUUUUUUACUAUUCCAAUACUAUAUUAUCCAUCUGAUAUCUCUUAACCAUAUAGAUGAAUUUUCUUUGCAUUACAGACAGAAGCACUGAAGAGUGUGGCACAAGCCAGCAAGAACCGUUCACUCGCCAACUUUGAGAAGGUAUUAAUUCACACCGAACCAUUAACUGGGACAUAUGAUGAUGUUGCCUUGGAUUGAAAAACGCAUAUUGAAGGGUUGUUUCUGGCUGGCUAAUGAUAUGGCCUGUGGUUGCGUUACACCUCUGGCAGCAAAACGCAGACUCCAGGCACCAUGGCCACUUCAAAUCACUGAAAUGGUCACGGUGCUUGGAGUAGCCUUUAAAAAAUGUCUCGGUGCUUGGAGUAGCCUUUAAAAAAUGUCUCUCUUGAUCACACACACAGCAGCAGCACUUGCAUUUGGGUAUUUGUCCUUAAAGCUGGACAGGUAACCAUCAAGGACCUGAAAGGCAACAGUGAUUGCAAUUAGCACUUUUUGCCCAAUGAGAGUAUUUAUUGGAACUAAUUUUUAUACCCAUCCUGUUUCUCUUUCAGUGGACCAAAAAUGUCUUCAGUUGCUCUUAGUCCUUCAACUUCUAAAAUUCAGGUUUCAGCUUUUGUAAAUACACUUUAAUCCAGAGAUUUUAUUUUAAAGCAGUUAUUUCCUCCCAAAUGACAACCAAUUCCUUCUUGGUUUUAUAUAUUGACUUAACCCCUUAAGGACCAAACUUCUGGAAUAAAUGGGAAUUAUGACAUGUCACAAAUGUCAUGUGUCCUUAAGAGGUUAAAGGAGCACUAUAGUGCCAGGAAAACAAACUUGUUUUCCUGGCCCUCAGGCUCCCCCUCCUGCUGGGCCACUUUUCUCCAGCGCCGGGCUCCCUUUUCAUUGGUGACCUCUCUUGCCCCUGCCAACGUCAGCUCCAAAUCGCGGAAACGCCUCUAGCGGCUGUCAGUGAGACAGCCACUAAAGGUUGGAUUAACCUUAGUGAAACAUAGCAGUUUCUGCAGGGUUAAAACUAGAGGGACCUGGCACCCAGAACACUUCAUUGAGCUGAAGUGGUCUGGGUGCCUAUAGUGGUCCUUUUAAUGACUUGUGUUAAAAACCUAUUGAAUAACUGCUCAUUGAAAACACAGUCAUGUUCUUAGUGUGUAUCAAAUCUGCAAAACAUAUUGAUAACUACGAACGUUAUCAACCUCUCCACCGAAUACAUUACUUCUUGAGGAUAAUCUUAUGCUGAAACUUUCCUUUAGUCCAAAUGUUCUGAACCAAGCCACUCUUAAUCAAGAAUUAAUCCUUACGUUUUUUUUGCAAAAAAAUGCAUCUUCAUGUUUCCAUUGUCUGAAUUAAGAACAUGUCUUGCACAAGUAUCUAAUAAAUACAGUGUCUUAAGAUAUUGCAAGUUCAAACAUUCUAAAGUGUGAUGUUAGCAGCCAAUCAGUGCUACCCCUGUCCAAGGCUUUCUGUUUCAAGAAUCUCUGAGAAGUGGAAGGACAGGGGCAGAGCUAAACAGCACUGGAUUCACGACUUUGAAGUUAAACUGUUCGUGAACAGUUUCAUCCAGAAAGGGUAAGCCAGCGCCAGGGAUCUCCAGGCACUAUAACAACAUAAUUGUGAUCAAGUUGUUAUGGUGCUCUUCAUGUUCCUGUAACAAAUGUGUGUUAUGCGUCCAAAUGAUUAAAAAAUAAAUACAGAAAUCCACACUGCUAUAUUUAGCUCUAUCCUGGAACUGCUGUGGAUCUGGAUUAUGAUAUCUGUUAAUGCAAGCUUUUUUGAUUUCUUCAUCUGCGUUAACUUUCACUUCUCCUGAUCCACCGUAUUUUCCUAGACACAAAUCUCCUUAUAUGUUAAUACACAGCACAUGAAACUGGCUGCCCUGUACUAUGUAGCAUUUAGAGCUGUGUAGUAAAUUACUCAAUACAGUUCCUUUGGCAUAGCCCUCUUUAAUCAAAUUCCCUCUUGUAGCAUAUAAAUAUUACAGAGAUUUUUUUUUUUUUUUCUUUUUUUUCAUGUUCUGUUCAUCUCCAUGAAGAUGUCCUGUUUCUGCUUGUUGUUGCUACCCUCUUUUGACCAAAAAUUAUUUCCUGUUGUACUUUGUUGAUAUACAUUAGCUAGUACCCUGAUACAUAUCCUCUUUACCAUCUCAUAGGCAUUGACAGAUUAUAAAGCAGAGUUACGGGAGGAUCCUAUAAUCGCUACACAUCUGGCCAAAUUGUAUGAUAACUUACUGGAACAGAACCUCAUCCGGGUGAUUGAACCUUUCUCCAGAGUACAGGUAAGGCAGGUGUAUCUUGCUUUCUCAUCCAACUGUGAUAACCACUUUCCAUGUUAUUUAAAUAUAUGAAAUGGUUUCAUUUUGUUAGUUCCUUAAAAUAAACCCUGUCACCAAAAAUAAUUUUUCAUUAAAACUAUGUGAAUGUAACACUAUAAACACUAAAGCAUAUUGUAGUUUUUAUGGUGCUAUUGGCACUAUCCCUUUUUUUUUCUUCUUGAAUGGUUUUUAAACUGUUAGAGAAAACAUAUGAGAUUCCUUGGUACUCUAAGCCCUCCCCUACAGAUGCUGACGUAACAAUGAGGAUUUCCACUUCCUCAUUACGCAUCCAAAUAUAUAGAUAGGGUGUGUGUCAUACAAUUAUUGGCUCUCCACUCAAUAAGAAUUUAAGGAAAGGUCUGUCGCAAGGAAGAAGGAAAUCUUCAAUGCCAAAUGCAUGCAGGAAUGACUUUCAAGGUCCUGUCAUCUUUACACACCAGUAACCAACCUCUUUCUAAUUCCUGCACUUUAGAAUUCAGGGUGCAAUUUACUUCUAUGUAAUGGAAGUCACCCAUUAUAAUGGUCCAAGCAGAAUUAUCGGGAAUAUUACAACAAGAAUUAUGGACAAGGUUUGGAUACCCUUGUUUGAGAGAAACUUAGAAAUGAUCAGUAUCAAAGAGAGGAAGCGUUGCACUCUCAUCACUUUAGUAGUUUGGUAGAAAUGGGGGAUUGUCAAGAACAAUUCAUUUUUUUGUACAGUGUGUUUUUGAUUUGGAGAUAAGUGAUGUCACCAACUCCUUGUUUGGAACCAGAACGUUACGAAUUGUCUGUUAAGAAAACCAAUGAUCAUCUGGGAGAGUACCAGAACAAUUCUGAAUGAGAGGCAGUCCUUCACAUACAUUUACAUGACUCAAUCAUUACAAACAAUAAUUUGUGUCUCUGUCAUUGACUUGUAUAUUUGUACUAAUGGUCAAUAAUUAAUAUUUACACUUAUACAGCACAUUCUUAAGUAACAAAACUUGAAAUCACUAAAAAGAGAUCACUACUUUAAAUCAUCCUCCCUUCAAUUCUUACUGUAGACAUUUACAGGGUUACUAACUAAAUUCUAAAUUGUUAUGUGAAUUAAAUUCCAAUGACAAAACUCGAAACUGAUUACCAGUGGUAAUACACCACCUCACAGAGACCUGCGAGCCCUGUAUUAAUCUGUCACGUGGUUGUGGGUCCUUCGUCACCAGCUAUAAUGAUCAAGCUUAGGGACCUGCAUGUACCAUUAUGUUCAAUACUGAAAAGGUCUUGAAAACAAAAAUAAAAAUUGUAUAUAGCACAGAACACAAUGACAGCACUACAUGAUGGAUACAUUUAACUGAUAUGCACUGUUUUCACCCCUCAGCCUUCCCUGUCAGACUCCAAGGCAUCUCAAUACACUCCUUGAAAAAUAGUUUAAGCUGUAAAAAAAAAAAAAAAGCCAUCAAGCUGAAUAUGAUAAGCACUCAAACACAAAAUAAUAUAGACUCUACUUUGCUGUUUUUCUGAAUCAAAAUAGGCAUCAUUUAAAAAAAAAAAAAAAAAAACUACCACCACAAUCCUCAGAAUUUCUGAUUAAUGAUCUCGGUUUGUUUUUUUCUUUUUGUUUUUUGUUUGCAGAUUGAUCACAUAUCAGGACUUAUCAAACUGUCAAAGGUGAGGAAUAUUUCUUCUGUUUGUGUCAUGGGGAUGUAAACAUUGGCAGUGUCUUAAAGCAUCAGCCUCGCAGUCGGGUCUACCAUCAUACUAUAUUUUUUGUAAUGUCUGUAUCUUUUAAGGGUCACCAUAAGCACUUUGGAUUAUUGCAGAUUGCAUGGUGCCUAGAAUAUCCUGAGCCUGCUUUCAUGUUUGAUAGUAGCUUAGAGCAGCAGGUUGUUCACCUAAAAUGAGAAUUCAAAGGGAAUUUCACAUUUGAGUUUAAAGGAAGACUCCACUGCUCCCAUGGUGGCUGGGUAGGGAUCACUGUUUAGUAGUUAUACCUCCAAUGAAUUAAUGCAUGUAUUCAUUGAGGUUAUAUCUUUUUAAAAAGCUUGCAAAGGCUGCAGAUCUUAUGAACUAUAGCCUUAGCAAGCCCUCCCAUUUCAGUCUCUUCACAGGGGAAAUAUACAAUCGGAGGCUUCUCAUUUUGGAACCCAGGGGAUUUAACACAAGGAGGCUGCAAACGUCACUGGCUGUUUGCAUUAAAAAGUUAAAUUUCAAAAUUGCUAAUUUCUCAUAGAAAUCUGCACUUUUAUACACAGAGAUUAAACUAGGAUACUCCUCAUUCAUAAAGCGCUUUAGUAAGCUGAAGUGCUUUUGGUGUGUGGAGUGCUCCUUUAAAAUAGCCAAACUGGAAAAAUUCUUUGUCACAUAUGCUUCCAUGUUGACUAAAUUGGCCAGCUGUAUUCCUGGCAUUAUAGCUCCCUCUGCCUCCCACAUUCCUCACACUCCCUCCCCUCCCCAUGCGUUCCUGUGGGAAAAUAGCAGACACCAGAUGUCCUUGUGCAGAGCGUGAGUAUGUCCAACAGCGUCCGUUACCGGACCAAAAGUCUGUGAACAUCCAGGAAGUGCCUGUUUGGGAGACAGCCACUGGAGGCAAACUUAGUGCUCCUCUGUAAACGAACUGCAAUGUAAGUGCAAUAGAGAUACUGUAUCCAGACCACUUCAAUGAGCUGAAGUGGUCUGGGUGCCUAUAGUGUCCCUUUAAAUUUCAGAUUUACUUUGAUUUCUCACUUUAGUGAAUUAUCCUGUUAGUUCCGGUUUGCCUGUGUCAAUUUAAUCUCUGUUGUGCAUGCAUUGUGCACAUUUCACAAGGCUCUCUCCUCCCUUGUGAGUAAAAUACAGCCUGGUACUGCACUGUAAAGUGAAAGCAGCAGGAAUAUGUCUACUAGCAGUUUAUGGAGCAGUUCCAAUAAUCUGUGGUGGUAGAGCACCACACUGCUCUUUGAAUAUAAAGUACUUUUCCCAUAAACUCCUCCUUGACGGAUGAUUUUGAGAUAAGCUCAGUCCCUUUAGGCCAGAUCAUAUUAUUUUAAUUUAAAGAGACAGUGUAUGCACCAAAAUCACUUUUUCUGUUUUGUCUUUCUUUUUCUAGCCUGAAGUAGAACGCAAACUCUCUCAGAUGAUCUUAGACAAGAAAUUUCACGGUAAGCAGUAGUAAUACAUUGUUAGUGUAACACCAUUGAGUGGAAUUCGCUGGUUUUUGGGUAUUUUGAGUUGUUGAAAAUCAGUUUUGGCCCCACCCAGACAUUUAUCAAGAACAUGUAAAAUGAAUAACUAUAAUAUUUAGAAAACAAAAAGUAUAAUUACCCAACAAUUAUGAAUUAUAAUAACAAUUUAUUUCCUAGCCAUACUCAUGGCAGCACAUCAAUGGGUAGCUCAUCCCUACUUGAGUGUUAAAUUAUUUUGGUUAAUAGUUUUUUAUAUAUUUAUAUUUUAAUAAAUGUAUAACAAUUCCAAUCAUGCUAAACAUAUAAGUAUACAUUUUAAAAGUAUAUUGUGUCAGCAGAGCUGUGAACUAACUAACGAGGGAAAGAGAAAGGAGAAGAAAAAAAAAAAAAAGGUUUAAAAUGUUCAACUUCUCUAUUUUUUGAGGAUUGAACAAUAUAAAUGUAUUUGUUUAUUGAAGAAGUUUAUUUGCUUGUGAGGAUGCUUGAUUACGUUCCAAAAGAAUUGUGCUUGCAAUGCUGUUAUUGUCUGUUAUACACGUGUGUGUGUGUGUGUGUGUGUAUCUUUUCCACUCGUAGAAUGUAUCUGUUUUAUAUGAGGUUUAAUAGUGGAAUAUUUUGCAUAAUUGUGGAAAAGACAAACUAGGCAUAGUUAGCUGUUAACCCCCUUGUAUCCAUCCACUGAUGUUUGUGUUUAAUUGCAGAUCAGCCACGGCCAUUGGCCCCUUCUCAGAUCAUGUAUAGGAAAAUGUUAAAAGAUUCAUAUCAUCUGUAGAGAUGCUUUGCAUAAAGUGUAAAAAGAGUUUUUGUCAGGACCAAGGUUCUAUGUAAUCCACUAUGUGAGCCAUUUCACUAAUCACAUUUCCUGGGGAGUGCACAUUAUCAUCACACUGCCUUACUUUAGCAUUGGAAUGUUUACACAAGGCUCUAUCAUUAUACCCAGAGUAGAUCGCAAUUAGAUACACCACAUUUCUGAAAGAUACCAGUCCGGUUUUAUACCCCACCUAGUUAAAAUGUAAUAUCAAGCACAUCGUCUGCAAAAUUUCCCAGUAAAGAAAGAACAACGGUGGCUUCUCCAGGCUUGUAUCUACUAUGGUGUCUGUUUCAGGAAAUGUAGAUACAGUCUAUAAGGAAGUAUAUCUAUUUUUUUUUGUGCAAUUUAACCAACUCUUUCUUGAUUCUUUUUGUAUACAUACCUUUUUUCGUGUUUUUUUUUUUUUUUUUGCAUCACACUGAACUGUCAAAACAUCAUAUAUACAAAAGAUUUUUUUUUUUUUUAAAUGUGUGUGUGUAUGUAUGUAGAGAGGUUUUGUAAAUAUGUAGUAUAGCUAUCAGACUAUCGUGAAAAACUGUACAACAUAAAGACGUUAAAAAAUAAUAGUAUAUAUUCAGACAGACAUACAGACACACUUAAAAUUUUGUUUUUUGUUUUUUUAUCUUUUUGCUUUUUGUCUGUCGAAAAUAAUGAAAAAGAAAAAGAACACCUUUUUCCCCAGUGCAAUUCUGGAGUUGGCCGUAAUAUAGUCUGUUUGAAGGAGAUAGUCACAUUACAGCAGAGUUUAUUAGCAAAUCAGUGCAGGGGAUUAGACUAGGCCCAAGCACAGUUCUGCAUGCUAAAGAUAAGGGAUCAGGGAGAGAGGAGAUGCUCCCAAUAGGUUGCGUUAAUGCUUGUUACAUAAAGGGCUUAGACUAAAGGAUUAGUGCUUCCCAUUCACCACAUGCUGUGAUAAAGCAGGGUCGAGCUGGGCAAAAAGUUGCUGUGCUUCUGACUAGGACUUUUUGGUCAACUCUGCAGUCUGUGCUCUUAUAUUAGAAGGUGCAUGGACUGUAGAGAAUUAAUAGAGCUGGACAUAAGUUUAUGUGAAGGCAUGGUGCAUCAUACAAAGAAAAAAGACAAAAUAGUGGCUAAGCAUAGUGCAUUAUAUCUGUAACAUGUAACUGGGUAAUUCUUCCUUUAAAAGUGGUAAGCUGGUGACACUAAGCAACUGUACUAUAGACUUAUUGACAACAUGCGUGCAUCUUAGUUGUUGCUUUGAAAUGUAGACAUGCAGAUCAUACUGAAGCUGCACCCAUGGGUUAAUGCAAUGGUUCCAGUCCUCAAGUCCCCCAUACCAGUCCAGGAUUUGGAGAUUGCCCCGUUGUGAAUGUGCAUAAAAAUGGUUCUAGGGGGAAAAAAUGGGAAAAUAAAUAACAAUAUACCUCCUGAACUCCCUUACAUUUGCAGAAAAUCUCUGGGAUUCUACUACCUCAACACUGUUUGUGCAGUGACUAGGGAAUUUGCUGAGCUUUCUCAGCCAAUUCAGAUAAUUCCUUGAUUCUUAUUGCAGAUUGACAGAUAACCUCAGAAUCCCUACACGGCAGAGGUUACGUAAAUAUCUAGUUCAGCUAUCAGACUAUUUUGAAAACUGUACGACAUAAAGACGUUAAACAAAAAAUAAUAGAUUUAUUUAUAUAUAUAUCGUAAUAGCAGUUUCCAGUAAUUUCAUAUUUUUUGUAGCUCUUGUGCAAAGCUGUUGUACAAACUUUCAGGCCGUUCAAAAACGGUCUUUGUCUAAGUCUUUAGCAGCUUCAGCUUUUAGGUUUUCAUAAUAAAAUGCUGACAGCUGAACAACUUUUAUAAAACCGAGCUGAGGCAAUUUACACACCUUUCUACAUGCACAUAUAACUCCAGAUGGCGCCAUAUACCAUUAUAGUCUUGUACAGCUGUCCAUCCAAAACAGCAGAAUGGUAAGUGAGACAAAGAAGGGGGACCACCUGGAAAUUUUAGCAUGUUUGGUCUCGACCACAAUCUUUUGUAUCAGAGAGAGUCUGCAACUUCCAGACCAGAACCAAUGCCAAGCUGAUUAGACCCACACACAGUCCUUGGCUGGUUCCUUUUGGUUCAUGCUGUAUUUUAUUUUAUUUUUUUGAAGCUAUGUUUAAACUGGUGUCUAUUGCUAAAGGUAUCUGCAGAAAUGCACCGUGAAGUCUGAAACACAAUAUGCUCAUUUGCAUGUCAAGCUGGGAACUCAGGGAUAGUUGUUGAUAUACCCAAGUCCUUCUUGGGUCUAGCUCCAGAUACUAUACUCAAGAAGGACUUCUCAAAGUCCAAGUUGAGAUAUUCAGGUGAUGCAUAACAGUACAGUUUGUACCUGCAUUAUUCAGGGUAUCCGCUUUAGUUUUGAAUGAGACUAUUGCCUCACUCUGCAGAUUGAAAAAAAGCAGGUGAAUGUGUUUUGAUUUUCAUAUUUACAUCCCAGUAUGAGCCAAUGCCACUGGCUUUUUAACUUCGGUAUUGAUUAUGUACACUAAGUAAUGGGUAAACAUUCUGAAAGUGGUGUAAACAGAGGAAACCCAACAUCUCUUCUUUUAAAUUGUGCCCAUAGCUUCUCCAACUGUGCAUCAGUGCAUAGUUAUCUUCUUGCCCAUAGUGGUUCAUAACCAUAUUGCUAUAACACUGUCCUCUAGAUCAGUAAAUUUAAAAGGAAAGUUAUGUUCUCAUUUAACAAUCAAGAUCAGUCACAACGUCGCCUGACCUCACUCUUACGCACGGUCUGACCCUGAAGGAAACCAACGAGCAAUGGCCAGUGACUUUAGAUAUCUCUGGGUCACAAAACUCUGAAUAAUUUAGUGUCAGCCCCAGCAUUACUGCAAUUAACUUAUUGAGCUUUUACAUGCAUUCUCUGUGAUAAGUAGACUUGUAGUGAGCCACUAAACUAUACAUCCUGUAGACACCUGCUUAACAGGUGUGGUUAAAGCUCCAUAGACCAACAAUAGAUUUUUGGUUGGCAGAGUCCUUCUCUGGUCUGGGUGAGGGAGUACUGAAGUUUAACAAUUUUUAAAGGGGAAUGAUUUUGUUUGUUUUCCCCCUUAUGAUUUUGUAAUGCAUUAUUUUAAUAGUGCAUUAGCAUAUCCAGGUUCACUUCAUACAUUGUGCCUCUUUAAUGUAUUGUAUUGCAGAUAAUACAAGAUCUGGCUACUUUUUGUGCCGUUUAGGAACCUAAUAGGCAUAGCUAUGGCUAUCAUGUGAUAUUCAAGCAGCAGGGAAUGGGUACAUUCUUUGACAUUUAUAGAUAUGUAAUACUUUGUUAAAACCGGAAUAAAAAAACAAAAACAUUUAGGAACAAUUGUUCCUAGUUCUGAUCAGGCUCUAUUAUUUGUUCCCAGCUUGUUUUACCGUGAAAUAGGUAGUUCACAUGCUUACACAUAUUCAAUGUAAUGUAUUAAGAUUCAGCUAGUUUGCCUGGGUAGAUAAUCGUUUUCAACCAUAAGUCCAGCAUCCAUUUAUGUCUCUCCUCUAUAUCUAUUUGUACACAAACCAAAUUCCAUGUUUUUAAUUCUCUCAUUGCAGGCAUUCUUGACCAAGGAGAAGGUGUCCUAAUUAUUUUUGACGAGCCACCAGUAGAUAAAACAUAUGAGGCUGCUUUAGAGACCAUCCAGAACAUGAGCAAAGUGGUGGAUUCUCUCUACAACAAGGCCAAGAAACUCACAUAGGUAAGUGAAGGAGGAAGAUACGUCUAUUCUGGAUGUGAAGAAAGGAUGCAGAAAGUUGUUUGACUUAGUUUAAUAAUGUUCUUAGGACAUCAGAAUUCAGCCUUAGACUUGAAGUGAGGGUGGAUUGUUAAAAGCAGUUUUAGAUUGUAGAUCAUGCCUUUCAGUCUCACAGCUCAAUUCUCUGUCAUUUAGGAGUUAAAUCCCUUUUGUUUCUGCAUGUACGAAAAUGAAAAAAAUUGUUUCAUUUUCAAUCUGUAAGGAGUGUUUACUUUAAAAGUUUAUCUCCUGCUCUGUUUAAAGGGAUUCUAUAUUGCCCACUUCCUUACGCCCCACCUCCCACGGCGCUUACCUGAACUCAGCGCCGUUGUCCCUCAUUGCUGGGUCAGGCUCCGCCUAUGCUUCUGACGUUGGUGGGGGAGACUUAUUGGGCAUGCGCUCGCAUUAGGAUUUCCCCAUAGGAAAGCGUUAAUGCUUUCCUAUCGGGGUUCUGGUGACGCUGGAAGUCCUCAUGCUUAGCCAAAAGUUGUCUAAACACUCAGAAGUCCCUCUAGUGACUUUGUGGUAGACAGCCACUAGAGGAAGAGUUAACCCUGCAAGAUAAUUAUAGCGGUUUCACAGAAACUGCAAUAAUUACCACUGUAGGGUUAAGGGACAUGGGACAUUGCACCCAGACCACUUCAAUGAGCUGAAGUGGUCUGGGUGCCUACAGUGUCUCUUUAAUCACACCCAGGGUACUCCAGCAGGCUAUCAACAAAACAGGAGUUAAGAAAUUUUAAAUUAAAUCGACUGUGCAAUAAAGGAAGCUUAAACAUGUGAUCUUGCUUUACAGGAAGUGUUUAGGGAGGCUCACAUGCAGGGAGGUGUGACUAAGGCUGCAUAACCAAUGUGAUUUAACUCCUAAAUGGAAACAAGCAAGUGUGGGGGGGGAGGGGGGUGACUUUGCAGCAUAAACAGAAACAAAGGUGCAUUCACUCUUAGAUGCCAGAGAACUGAGCGUUGACUCUCCCUGCCUGUAACCAAUAAUAUUGCCUGAACGAUACAGCGAAUUGAGUACAAGCCUCACUAAGAUGACAGAUGCCACAUGUUCCUAUGCAAAUAGAGAUUUGCUAUUUACUGCCCUUGGUCGGCUGGACAUAUUGUUUGCAGUUUUCUGGAGAAAAGUAAGCCGACAUUGAGAUCAAUGGAGAAAGACAGAAAAUCUCUCCUCCACCAUGAGAUUAGCGGGGCACUGUUUCUUAUGUUAUAUUAUUUUAUAUACUUAUUCUGAUCAUUUCUCAGACUUCUGAUAGUUCUAAGUUUUAGAAUAUAUUAACUAUUUGCUCUGGAAGUUCAACAUCUAAUUAAAAGUAUUAACAACAUUUUCAAAUAAUUAUUAUUUACUAGAUUAUUGUAAAAAAACAAUGAAAAAAAGUUACCUGCGCUCUUUCCACAUCCCUAUGUAUAUUUAAACAAAUUGAGGUUUUUAGUUACCUCCAAUGGCCAUGAGAGGGUAUGCACAACUGCCAUGUCAAGGCAGACCUCUUAGGUGGGUCCUAACUCUAACCAUUUGCCUUGCUUCCUUGAGCUUCUGUCAAAAUUUCUCUGAGACAGAAAGGGGUAUUUUUUUAUAUACAUCCCUACAUGCUUAUUAACCCUUAAUAGGGAACACAUGGGAUGGGCAGCAGCAUUGCAACCUAGCUGUGUGAUACAAAGAAACUAGUCCUGCGCUCCAACUCCCAUUACUCCUGGGCGGCAGCAAUGACUAUAGUACACAUUAGCCAAAAUACAUAUAGUAAAAACCAAAGAAAAAAGUUACCUGCGCUCUUUCCACAACCCUAUGUAUUUUUAAACAAAUGGAGGUUUUUAGUUACCUACAAUGGCCAUGAGAGGGUAUGCCCUAGAUUACUAGAUUAUUGCUCACUCAGUGCACUCAUUAUUUUUAUCUUCUGAUAUGUUUUGAGAUUAUUUUAUACAUUGUACCAUAAUAUUAAUAGCCUUGCCCAUGCCUGGAUAUGUCUCUACCAUAUUUACAGUGUCUGUUUUCUAAAUGCCUUGAUAAAAACACUGACGAAAAAAGUGCUCCUUUCAUUUACUAUUGCAUUCGUUGGCAUAAAAGAUAAAAUGCGAUUAGAUUCAGCAGCUCUGACAGCCUCAAGGACUCCACCAGUGGGAUGUCCCAAGGUAUGACGAUCAGACUUUAAUAAAUAAACCACUCUGAGUUGAAUGCUCUAUAGAUUAGUUCAUAUGGUGUAAUUGCAGCACGGCCUGUGCAAUAUUUUCUUGGUCAAGCACUUUGCUGAUCUGUUCUUUAACGUCUCUAACACUUCUGUAUUCCCCACCACACAUACAGGAACUAGUCUUGCCACACAUCCUACCUCACAAUCUUGGUGAGGCCUUGUAAACGUCAAAAAUAAUGUUGUUUUGCAACAAAACCUCGCUCUCCAGCCGGACAGUUAACAUCAGUGUAGUUGACGUUUUUCAUUAUACAAUAUUUAUCCCUGUGAGCAGUAAUGAAAUAUCCUGAAGGUGCAAAAUACUGACCGCAACUACAUUGCUGGUGUGUUUGGAAUGAAAGUAGAUCAUUGUAAUAGCAUAGACCUAUAAUAAAUGUAUCGGAGUAUUUUAUUUUCUCAUAUUAAAACUGGUGUGAAAAAACACUGAUUAACUUGUUCAUGGUUAGAGCCCUUUUAUUUAUCGCCUAAAUUUGUUUCUGCGUUCACACAACUGUUUUGCUUGCAAUAUCUUAUUCUUUAGACGGGGGAUAGGCAACCGUCGGCACUCCAGAUGUUGUGGACUACAUCCCCCAUAAUGCUCUUACACACAUAAUGCUGGCAAAGCAUCAAGGGAGGUGUAGUCCAAACCAUCUGGAGUGCCUAAGGUUGCCUAGGCCUGCUUUAGGAGAUGUAUUACCAAUGUGUAACAAAUGUUCUCUUUUCACAGGCUCUGGACUCAUCAGCCAUUGAAAAUUCUGAGCAGCAGGAGCAACAGACACCUCUUCUCAUGCGGGAUGGUGGAUCGGGGCAGAGGGGCACUGCGGGGAAUCCUUUUAUUUUUUAUCAUCCCUCCUAAUACAUUUUGUUUUCACUGUAAAAAAAAAAAAAAAAAAAAAUCCUCCGCACCAUUUUAUCAGUGGCUGCAAGUCUGCAACAUUAAGUACUGGGGCCCUUACCUGUUUCUGGGGCUAUAUAUUUCUACUGAGUGAGCAAACCCACAUUGUGGGAUGGGUUGUAGUAAUUAACACUUGCUUGUUUUAUAGGGAUUUUUUUGUGUACUUAACUAAAGCGGAGAAAUGGGGGUGGUGGGGUUCCUAUGAACUGGCCUGUGUUCCCAGGCAAAUACGAUACCAGUGUUCCCAAAUUCUUAAUUUUUGUCUCACGGUUUCAAAACACAGCCUACUCCAAUUUGUUUCUCAUAUCUGGGUAUGGAAGGAGUGCAAGGGCCAAGGAUCUGCUUCAUGGAACCCCUACUUUUAAAAAAUAAAUUGGGAUUGCUGCUUACAGGGAUAUAUGUCUGUAUAUAGCUAUAUAUAAAUAUAUAUUUCUGCCCCCGCCAACCUCCUAUCUAAAUUAUGCCCCUUUCCUGCCGAUGCCCAGUUAAUAUUUGGGUCUUGCUAUCCCAUGAAGGGUGCACAAUUUCCACCAAGCUGAAACCAGAGUAUAUCUGAUGUUCAGAUGUGUUCCAAUAAAGGUAUUUUUUUUUUUUUUGCCCUUUUCUCUUUUUGAAGUAUACAAAAGGUGUUUGUGUUAGCCUGUCUUGCUUUGUGGACUCAGCUCGCACUAGAUGUGUUACAACAACUUACUGCAUUGUCCCUGUUAGGGUUCAUUGCGAAUGAGCAUCAAUAUUCAAAACGGAUGACAAUCUUUUUGUAGCUUUUCCGAACACAGCAACAAAGGAAAAGUAAUAAUUAUGGAGAUUCAAAACAAAACCCAUGAAUGAAGAAUGACCAGAUCUUUCUUUUAACUAAAGGAGCCCAUAGAAAAUGUAUGAAAUCACCUUGUGAUGUGUAUAUACACUCAGGAGUCUAUAAUAUAAGACAAAAUGGCGUUAGAAACAUUUCCACACUCUGCGUUUUUUGGUUUUUUUUCCCCUUUAGUGCUGACCAACACCAGCACUUGGUAUAGUUAUAUGUGGGCUAUCUGGUAAACCCUAGCAGAUAUGAAGUAUAGUAAUAACAACCUUGUGUGCCCCCUUAUGUACAGAGUGUUAGACUGUGGACCUCUAUCAUGAUCUUGAUUUUUGGUUGGACCAACGUAACUCCAGGUAUUGAUUACGCAAGCUUAUGAGACGAUUUAGUGUUGCAUAAUUUUGGGUUUAAUAAUAAGUGACUGAAUUAAACUUGUGUGUUCACUGUGUGAAAAUGCUCAUCAGCUUCCCUUCACUCCUCCGCCAAAUUAUAUAUUAAAGGAACACUAUAGUGUUAGGAAUACAGUUUUGUAUUCCUAACAUUAAAGUGUUCCUCCAUGAAACAGCAGGAAGUGCCUGUAGUGGUUGUCAGGUAGACAAACACUAGAGCAGGGGUGCCCCAAAGUUAGAUCCCCAGGUGAAUGCCUUUAGAAUGGCAUGGCAUCAUGGAACUUGUAGUUUUAAAACAUCUGGGGAUCUACCUUUUGGAAACCCCUGCACUAGAGGCCGUCUUAACAUAAACAUUGCACUUCUUCUGAAAAUGCGGUGUUUUUUAGAUUGCAAAGUUAAAGGGACACUGUAGGCACCCAGACCACUUCAGUUCAUUAGGUGCAAACUCCCAUCACGCUUAAUCCUGAGCAUGUAAUUAUUGCAGUUUUUAUAAACUGCAAUAAUUACCUGCUAGGGUUAACAACUCCUCUAGUGGCUGUCUACCAGACAGCCACUAGAAGGACUGCCGGGUGGAUCGGUGACUUUUGGUUGCCUGAAUGACGCUGGACGUUCUCACGCUAUGCAUGAGCACUUCCAACGUCACCAGAAUCCCCAUAGGAGAGCAUUGAAUAAUGCUUUCCUAUGGGGAAAUCCUAAUGCGAGCGUGUCAGGUCUCCCCUGCUGGCUGACGUCAGCGUGGCUGGAGCUGGGCCAGCUCCGAGGGACAGCGCUGGACCCAGGUAAGUGACAUCCCUUCUGCACCAUGUGGGAGGGAUGGCUUGACGGGAAGCUGUAGUGCCAGGAAAACGAGUUUGUUUUCCUGACACCAUAGGUUCCCAUUAAGGGGACAGGGAAAGUGCACCCAGACCACUUUAAUGAGAUGAAGUGGUUUUGGUGCCUAUUAUAUCCCUUUAAAGUGAAUUUUUCACUUUUGAGUUUGUCGUAAACAAUCGGUAUUAAAAAAAAAAAGUAGACAGUUGAAAUGCUUCACACGAUAUGAUAAGAUAAAGUAGUCUGUUUUAUCUUAUGGGCAAGAUGCUUUUUGACAAAAUGUGACAGUGUUUAUCAUCAAGCAGUCCACUUCUCAUCUAUUUCACAAAUGUAGGAAGAUCAAUAAACGAUAGUACAGCCUGCACGAUCUUCUCUACAGCCCAGUUUCUAACUGAACCACCACAUUACAAAUGACAUUUAGUUCAUACAGUUUGUAGCAUCAGAAUAUGCAAGUCUACACCAGGUGAUAAUCUUCAAGCAAUUCGUAGAUUUAUCGAAAAAUAUUCUCUCUCAAAGUUUGUAUUGGAUUUGUUGCAGUAUCAUCUCAUACUCGCGUCCUUCCGGUGUCUAUAACAUUGGUAUCAUUUAACUUAAGAAUAAGGCUGUAUGCCAU